AGUAAUAAAAAUAAUGUAAUUCUGAAUUAUUCAUAUUUUUAUAAACACCGGUUAUUACUACAAACAAGUUCUUGAAUUAUAAUAAUAAAAAAAAUAAAUAAAAAGACAAAGUCUUUAAAUUACAUCAAAUAUUUAUGAAUAAUUUAUUAUGAAUAAUGUUUAUAAAAUUAUUGAAAUUAUUUUAAUAAUCAACCAACUAGAUUAAUUUAAUCAUGCAAUCACAGGAUUUAAAAUCGAAAACAGAAAUACAAAAUUUUUAUGCUGGUCAGAGUGUCUUAAUAACAGGAGGAACAGGAUUUUUAGGGAAGCUACUCAUAGAGAAACUACUAAGAUGCUGUCCAGAAUUGACUUCUAUUUACGUAAUUAUAAGACGAAAAGAAAAUCAAGAUAUUCACAAGAGAAUUCAACUCCUUUUAGAAGAACCGAUCUACGAUAAAUUGAAAUGCGAAAAUCCGGAAUUUUUGGAAAAAAUUAUAUCAAUCGAGGGCAAUGGUCGUUUACCAAAUUAUGGAAUUUCUCCCAAAGAUAGAGAUAUUUUAUGGGAAAAAAUUUCAAUAGUCUUUCAUGCAGCUGCUAAUGUGAAAUUUAAUGAAAAAUUGGGAAACAUUAUUGCUGACAAUGUCUUUGGAACAAAACAAUUAAUUGACAUUUGUCUGUGUAUGAAAAAUUUAAAGGCAUUUAUGCAUAUUUCAACAUUUUAUUCUCACUGCAAUAGAAAAGAAAUUGAUGAAAAAUUCUACGAUUCACCAAUAACAGGAAAAAGAAUUUUGCAAAUGGCGGAAAUUCUCAGUGAAGAAGAAUUAGAAUGUCUCGAGAAAAUAUUAAGGAAAAAUUAUCCGAACAAUUAUACGUUUACAAAAGCAAUAACUGAACAAUUAAUUCACCAACAUGGACAAAAAUUACCUUUUGGAGUAUUUCGACCAGCAAUAGUGUCGUCAACAUAUCAAAGUCCUCUCCAAGGCUGGAGUGACAAUUUUUCUGGAGUCAAUGGCAUAAUUGCAGGUGGAUUAACUGGAGUGUUAAAAACAAUGCUUAGUGAUAAAUCAAAGAAAAUGGAAGUAGUUCCAGCGGACUUAACAAUAAAUGCUCUCAUCGCAUGUGCUUGGGAUCUUGCUUUGAACAAGACUGAACAAGAAGAGGAUCCUUUCGUUUAUAAUUACAUUUCCACCUGGACAAAUUCAAUCACUUAUGGAGAAUAUUACAACUUGUGCUACAAACAUCAAGUUCCUUCCCUAAAUAGUGUCGGGUACUAUAGUGUGGAAAUAUUUAAAUAUUCAACUAUUUAUUAUAUUUCCAAAGCAAUUUUACAAACUCUACCCGCAUCUAUCGUCGAUAUAUUUUUAAUUAUUGUCGGAAGAAAGACUUGGGCAAUGAGGAUUAAUAAAAAGCUAAGUACUUUAGUAAAUCUGGUCAGUUACUUUGCAUUAAACGAUUGGAAAGGUAAAAAUGAAAGGACAAAAAAUCUUUGGAAUAAAAUAUCACCCGAUGAUCAGAAACUAUUUCCAUUUUCAAUGAAUGAUUUCAAUUGGAAUGAUUAUAUUCAAAAAUAUAUGAUUGGCUUAAGAGUUUAUUUGUUAAAAGACCCUCUGACCACAGUACCUGCAGCUACAAAACGCAGAACAAAAUUUAUAAUUCUUUACCGACUACUGAAAUAUUCUCUGAUAAUUCUUCAAAUUUCGACUUUCUACAAAAUUUAUAAAAAAUAUCUCAACUUUAAAAAUAGCAAAUCUUUACUAUAUUUUAUAAAUUCUAGAUAAGCGAAAGACUAGACUUAUUAAUCGCACCAAUAAAAUUUUUAUUCAACAAAAUCGAUUUCUAUUUACGUUCACGUCUAUUGUGUACCAUUUGCAAAUAAAAGUUUUUUUUUUUUCUAAUUUUCAAUUAUUUUGCGACAAAAAAAAAGUU